AUGAUCCAAGAAGUUCUUCUAAAUAACCAUGACUCAUUGGAAGACGUCGAGAAACACGUGAAGUCGUGUCCGGAUUGUAGUUCAAGUAAGAGCAAACCACAGGCGAGAGGGUAUUCUCCUGGCAACAUUCUCGCCGAACGACCAUUCCAGAUUGUCUCGAUGGACUUCGUAAUUCCGCUGUCGAAAUCUCGACGAGGCAACACGGCGCUGCUGUGUACUUUCACUGGAUCCGUCAUUGCUAAACCGAUGUCGGACACCACGGCAUUCAAAGUCGCACAAGUAUUCGAAGAAAGCAUUUACCGAAGAUUUGGGGCACCGUCAUUAAUAAGGCAUGAUAGGGAUCCCCGCUUUAUGAGCGAAGUAUUCCAAGCGUCUGCCGAGAUGAUGCAGUCAAGAUCUUAUCGGCCACAAGCCAACGGGCAGCAAGAAAGAUCAGUUAAGACGGUAAUACAGCCUGUAAAAGUCUAUGCCGAAGACCCACUUCAGCAAGACUGGGACGAGAUAGCAGAGCAUCUAGUUUUCGCCAUCAACAACUCAAUGGAUACUACUCGAAAGGAAACAUCUUUCUACUUAGUUCACGGAUGGGAUGCCAGCUCGACAAUGAAGGCGAUGACGUCGUGUCUUCGACACGGAACUCCGAAGCAGUCCGAAGCCCUGGUGUGGCGUCGAGAAGUCAACCGACAACAGGAAGUUGCGUGGCGAAUGACCCAAGAGUACCAGCAUACUGAAAAGUCACGAAGAGCAAGACUUCACAAUAAUGCACUGAGUAAAAUGGAGAAAGUGGCAUUGCAAAACGAAGAUGCAGAGAGCCCGACACGCCAAGACGGCGAGGACUCAGCGACCAAAUCGAAAUCGAGCAAGAAGAAGUUGUUCGAAGCAGGAAGUCGAGCUUGA